GCUAUUGACAAGUUCGGCUUAUCUAAACCACUUGAAGUUUGUCCAAAUAGAGGGGAAAAUGGAACGCAUCCACCUGAUACUGAAAGUCCUAUGGUCACUGGAGACCCACACCGAGAGAGACUUCCAACUUCUUUUCUUACCAUACCAUUUUUCCCUAGCCAAGUACCUCUGGUGGACAUUCCAAUCCCUAUUGCCAGUGUCCAACCCGCUGAGAGCCCAGAUAGCGUUGGGGCUAUCAACCACUCUUGAUUGGUCAAUGAAGGUUAUCUCUUGGAAUUGCCGUGGGGCACUUAAAGUUGGAUUUCGUAAAUGUGUCAUGGAUCUUAAAAGGAUUCACAAUCCAACCAUGCUCCUUAUCUUGGAAACAAAAAUUUCUGGUUCUAAUGCUCAGGAUGUAGCGAAUUCUCUUGGCUUCCCUAAAUCUUGCAUUGUCAACUCAGAUGGUCUUGCUGGAGGCUUAUGGCUGUUAUGGGACGACUCUAGGAUUUUGGUGGAUAUUUUGUCAACCAGCAACCAAGCAAUACAUGCAGUUAUCCAGGGUAAUUGGAUCUCUGAUGGCAAUGGACUAGCAUCCAUUGCUAUUGAGUACUUCUUUGAGCUAUUCACUACAUCUCAUACCUAUUCAUUCUCUGACUCAUAUCAGUCAAUUCAUCGCCAAUUUCAGUCUUCCUAUAGCCUGGAUUCCAUCAAGGGUUGCCCAUCCAAUAAGGAAAUUUGGGAUGUUAUUAACUCUCUGAAAUCCUUUAAGGCCCUGGGACCAGAUGGCACCCACCCCUUCUUUUAUAAACACAUGUGGCCCUUUAUUGGGGAAAAAAUCAGCUCUGAAAUCAAGAAUAUUUUUCUGAAUGGGUGCAUCCCUCCUAAAUGGAAUGAGUGCCUUCUAGUCCUUAUUCCUAAACUUAAAUCUUCUGAGCAUAUUCAUCAAUUCAGGCCUAUAAGCUUGUGCAAUUCUGUUUACAAAAUCAUAUCCAAGAUCCUUGUACACAGGAUUAAACCUUGGAUGGACAGGAUUAUCUCUCCAUGCCAAUCUAGUUUUAUUCCUGGCAAGCAAGGUACAGAUAAUGUCUUGAUCCUUCAAGAACUUGUUCACUCCUUCUCAAAAAAAUCUGGGCAAACAGUAGACAUGAUUUGUAAGCUUGAUCUUGAGAAGGCAUAUGAUAGGCUGGAAUGGGGUUUUAUUCAUGAGACUCUCCUAUACUUUCGGUUCCCUCCCGAUGUUAUUAAGCUUAUCAUGUCUGCUAUUAGUUCUACAUCAAUCUCCAUUCUCAUUAAUGGAGACAAAACAGAAGAGUUUUGUCCUUCUCGGGGUAUUCAUCAAGGAGACCCGCUCUCACCUUACAUCUUUAUCCUAUGUAUGGAGUAUCUUUCCAUAAGAAUCUCUGCAGACAUGGAUGCUGGACUAUGGAAAGGUAGUAAAGUUGGGAGAAGGGGUCCUUCCCUUUCUCACAUCUUUUUUGCUGAUGACAUCAUUUUCAUUGGUAAAGCUACAGAAGCUAAUUGUCUUCACCUCAAGGAAGUCCUUAAAUUUUUUUGUGAGAGAUCUGGCCAAAAGAUUAAUCAUCCCAAAUCCAAGGUGUUUUUUUCUAAGAAUGUUGGCCAAGACAUUAGAGAUAACCUUUGCUCCAUUCUCGGAUAUUCCCAAACUGAGGACUUGGGAAAAUACCUUGGUGUCCCUAUUUCCGCCAAAAAACUAACUCGAAGCAAAUGUCAAUUUAUUGUGGAUAAAGUCCGGGCUAAACUCUUCGGUUGGAAGUCUAAUUUUCUUUCCUUUGCAGGUCGAACUACUCUUGCUAAGUUAGUCUUGGCAGCUGUCCCAAAUUAUUAUAUGCAAUCUUCUAUGCUACCAGCCUCUACCCUAAAGGAAAUUGAUCAGAUUUCUCGUAACUUUAUUUGGGGUUCAGAGGUUGAGCAAAAGAAGAUCCAUCUAGUUAAUUGGAACAUCGUUUCUAACCCAAAGCAUUUGGGUGGUCUUGGCCUAAAAAGUGCUAAAGAGGCCAAUCUUGUUGCCAUGUGCAAACUUAAUUGGAGACUUCACCAGGAGAAAGAUAAAGUCUGGAGUGGCAUAUUUAGAAGUAUGAAAUGGGUGCCUCAUAUAGGCACCAAUAUCUUCUUCUGGACUAACUGCUGGGCGACAGAGAUACCUCUUGUUUCUAUGUUGUAUAGCCCUCACUCUUCGGAUUUCAAAUCUAUCACUGUUUUAGAUUUUUUCACUGUAGGUGAUCAUGUCUUUGAGCUUAUCUCUUACUAUCUCCCUGAUGAUAUCUCUGAUGAUAUCUCCAACAGACUCAAAGCUAUCCCCCUCUCUAUCUUUACUGAUAGAGAGGACUCUUUUGCUUGGAAGGGAACUUCCAGAGGUACCUUCACCGUUGCUUCUGCUUACUACCUUCUUAAAAAUCCUUCUACUUUUGCUGAAAAAGAGUGGGACUGGAUUUGGAAGCUGCCAACCAUCCCAAAAAUUCAACAUUGCUUUUGGCUAUUGGCUCACCAGAGACUGAAAUGUUUCAGUUUCUUACAUCAUUUAAGUAUUUCAUCUACUGCUAUGUGUCCUCGCUGCCAGGAUGAAGAGGAAACAGUGGAGCAUCUUAUCCGACUAUGCCCUUCCUCAACCGUUAUCCUUCAGGAUUUAUUUGCUGAUAUCUCAUCGCAACAGCAGCAAGACCUGGACUUCUUUUCUUGGCUUAAAUUUAAUUCCCACUGCAAGCUCAAGUCGAAUGUGUUGAACAUCCCUUGGAACACUCUGUUCUGCUUUGCCAUUUGGGGAGUCUGGCUCCAACGUAAUCAAACUGUUCAUUCCCCCCAACCGUUCCAGCUCAAUAACCUCCGAAGUAGUAUUAUUAAAAGAGCUGCGGAAUUUUGGGCCUCUGCUAUUCCAAAAGCUACCCGUAUAUACCAUGAGGAGAACUUUAAAUGGGCGAAACCUCCCCCAAAUGUCAUCAAACUGAACACGGAUGGGUCAGUCAAAGGGAAUCCAGGCAUUUCAGCUGCUGGGGGCAUCUUUCGUGAUCACCAUGGCAACUGGAAGCUUGGAUAUGCUAGGAAAAUUGGCUGGUCCAACAGCCUUGUAGCAGAACUUUGGGCUAUUAGAGAUGGAUUACAAUUGGCCAUUACGCAUAACUUUUUUCAUAUUAUUGUGGAAUCUGAUUCUCUUGUGGCUAUUCAGCUCCUUCAAGAGCCCCCACCUUCAUCUCAUAAUCUGAGUGCCUUAACUUUUGACUGCAGGGAGUUGCUUCGACAAAUCCCCCUUGCUGAACUCAAACACAUCGUCCGUGAAUCUAAUAUGGCUGCUGAUCAGAUGGCGAAACUCGGACAUAGCAUCGAUCAUGAUUUUGUCAUUUUUGAAAGCAUUCCGCUAUCUGUCAAACAGUAUUGUAUUGCUGAUAUUAUGGGAAUUGAAUUUCCCCAGCAGAGUUGGCUCUCUGUUUUCACUUCACUCAGCACACUUCCAUCUUCACUUCUCAGCUUCACUUCUCAGCAACAAAUGCUGGGCGUCUCCACUUUCUUCUACUGCACUUCAACUUCCCUUACACCCCCAAUUCGCGUCCCACCACGCCACACCAUCCCAAUCAGAGCUGCCGUCCAAGUCCAGGAAAUUAGGGUCUGCACCAAUCGCACCUGCCGCAGACAAGGCUCCAUGCAAAUCUUAGACACAAUCUCCAGCUUGGCCCCACCAGAUGUCUCCGUCAAGCCCUGCGGUUGUCUGGGUCGUUGCGGUUCCGGUCCAAACUUGGCCCUGCUCCCCGAUGGUCUCGUCGUGGCGCACUGCGCCACUGCUGCUCGAGCUGCUGAAAUUCUGCUUAGAUUGUGUUGUGGAGAUGAAGCUGAUGAUGUGGAUGCUCAUUCUCGUCCUUCUCUGGAAGCGCUUGCUUUGAGGAAAAGAGCCGAGGCUGAAAUUGACAAGGGUAAUUUCUCAGAGGCUGAACUCUUGCUCUCCCAGGCCCUAGAUUUAAAACCAUUUGGUGGUAUCCAUGUCAUGUAUAAAAGCAGGUCUAUUGCCAGAUUGGGAAUGGGAAACCAUUUUGGCGCCCUUGAAGAUGCAACAGAAUCUUUGAAAUUAGCUCCCAAGUUUGCUGAGGCUUAUAUCUGUCAAGGUGAUGCCUUCUUGGCUAUGGAUCAAUUUGAUGCAGCUGAGAAGUCAUAUUCAACAUGUUUACAAAUAGAGCCUUCCUUACGUCGUUCCAAAUCAUUCAAGGCUCGGAUAGCGAAGCUUCAAGAAAAGCUCACAUCUGCUAAUAUUCCUUAAGAAAUAUGACAACUUUCAAACAUAUUAAAUAUUUUCUGAAGAUGUCAGGAUAAAGAUAUGAUGUUUCAGCUGCUUCCAGGUUUGGUUUCCCCUCCCCUUAAACAAUGUCUUUUUGCUGCUUACCUGCUUCCUGCAAGUGCAUCUCUAUCCUAGAAGCUCAAGCAAAGGCUAAUAAAUGUUACAUUUUACA